AUGCGAGCCUUUGGUCGCAAGUGCAAGCUCGCAGGUUCGAGCGAAGCCCCGCAGAUGCGACCCAGGCCUGGACUUUGUUUUUCUGCAGAUGCAGACUUUUCUCCGCAUGAGCGAAACCGCAGAAGUGGAACCCUGUCCGCAGAGUGCAAAUUUGUGGUCGAUGAGGUGUGUCCCGAAAAACCUGGAGAUGAUGCUACGUAUAAUGAACAAAAGUCUUACCAAAAAUGGGUUAAGGCUGAUGAGAUGGCGCGAUGUUACAUUCUGGCAUCUAUGUCAAAUGUUCUGCAACAUCAGCAUCAGUCUAUAGAGUCUGCUUAUGACAUUCUGGAAAAUAUCAAAGAAAUAUUUGGAGAUCAGAAUCGUGCGGCUAAGCAGACUACCAAAAAAGCUCUUCUGAAUACCAAAAUAGUUGAAGGUUCAUCUGUUAGGGACCAUGUUCUGAAGAUGAUGAGUCUUCUAAAUGAACUGGAGGUCCUUGGAGCUAACAUUGAUAAGGAUACGCAAGUUGAAAUGAUCUUGCAGACUCUACCUGACAGCUUUCAGCAGUUUCGCCUGAAUUAUAACAUGAACAAAAUGGAUUUGUCACUUGCAAAAUUGUUGAAUGAGCUGCAAUCGACAGAGACUAUUAUCAAGCAACAAGCUCCCCCUGUGGCAUUGAAUUUUGAGGCAUGUUCUUCUUCUAAUCCGAGAGGCGGGCAGAAGAAGAAAAAGGCUAAAAACCGUCUGUUGGUGGUGCAAUUGCUGGUGUGA